CGCCUCUUUAACCGUGUAGGUGGAUCUUUCCGUCAACAUCGCGUCUGAUUUUCAUGGUCGCGAGAAAAUGUGAAAGUCAAAUUUGUGAAAUAUAUGUUGACCCGACACGAUGUCGAGUUGAUCGCUUAAAUACAACUAGGUAUCGCAGUUGGCCAGGACUGCUCCUCUGGAGUGAAUCUUUUAUGCGUUUAUGUCAACGUGACAGGUGGAAACUCCAACAACACUAUGGGACAAGACAGAGGAAAGUACGAUUUCUAUAUUGGCCUCGGAUUGGCCAUAAGCUCCAGUAUAUUUAUCGGGGGUAGUUUUAUUCUAAAGAAGAAAGGACUUCUUCGACUGGCCAGAAAGGGCUCUAUGCGAGCAGGCCAGGGUGGUCACGCAUACUUAAAAGAAUGGCUGUGGUGGGCAGGCCUGUUAUCAAUGGGGGCAGGUGAAGGUGCCAAUUUUGCUGCCUACGCCUUUGCUCCUGCCACCCUCGUGACUCCUCUCGGUGCUCUCAGUGUACUCGUGAGUGCGGUCUUGUCUUCAUACUUUCUGACGGAGAGGUUGAACCUGCACGGAAAGCUUGGUUGUCUUCUCAGUAUCUUGGGUUCCACUACCAUGGUGAUACAUGCACCUCAAGAGGAAGAGAUAGACAGCUUAAAAGACAUGUCCAAAAAACUGGUCGAUCCAGGCUUUGUGGUCUUCGCAACAGCUGUCAUCAUCGUAGCUCUCAUUUUCAUCUUCGUGUUGGGCCCGCGCCACGGGCAGACCAACAUUUUGAUUUACAUCACUAUCUGCUCUGUGAUCGGCGCCCUGUCCGUUUCCUGUGUCAAGGGACUGGGCAUCGCCAUUAAGGAGGCAAUUGCUGGGAUACCAGUGGCACAAAACCCUUUGGCCUGGGUGCUCCUGCUGAGCCUGAUAGCUUGUGUUAGUACACAGAUCAACUACCUGAACAAAGCACUGGACAUAUUUAACACAUCUCUAGUGACGCCUGUCUACUAUGUGUUCUUCACCACCUCCGUGCUCAUGUGCUCCGCCAUCCUGUUCAAAGAAUGGGAACACAUGGCCAUCGAUGACAUCAUCGGCACGUUGAGUGGUUUCAUCACAAUUAUCGUGGGCAUCUUCCUACUGCACGCCUUUAAGGACUUUAACAUUAGCUUGGCCACCCUGCCCGUGUCCAUUAGGAAGGAGGAGAGGAACGGACCCAUUUCCAACGGCAUGGCACCUCAUAAUCACUCCAGUUAUGAACUGCUACGGAAUGAAGACACUGAGGACAUUGUAGAUCGAGAGAUGUCAUUUGACAGCGUCUCCAGAAGAAACGGUACUCUGACGUCCUCUUAGGGUUAAAAAGGAAUCAGUCUGCAGCGUAUUUUUUGGACAUCUAGAAUUUUUCUUUGAAGAUUUAAGAAACCUAAGACAAUCAACUUUUGAGGCAAAAAAGAUGGACCAAUUGAUUGUACUAAGAGUUAUUAUUUGAUUUGCCUUACUUUAUUGGUUCAGAUAAGACUACAUGGUAAGGCUUCAUCUCAUUCCUCCUCAUGUAGCACUGUAAAUAUAUACCUGUACGUUUUUAAGAGACUUUUGUUAUGAUAUAUUAUGUACAGAUAUCUGUAUUUACAUGCACCAAGUUUCUUUCUACAAAAAGUUAGUUGUGUUGACUUUGUAAUAAAGAUAAGCAAGUGGAAGGAGAA